AUGGACCACCUCACCCCCUCCGACAAAAACCAUCCAGGCGACCCCAAAAAGCGCAAACUCUUCAAACGUCUCCGUCGCGAACUCGGUUUCUUCCUCGGCCUCCUCUUCAGUCUCUUCCAAUUCAUCCUGCACGCGCUCGCCAGCUUUCUACGACUGGCUUCGUGGAUGGAGUUCUUCGUCGAUGGGGUGAAGGAGAUGGCUAGUGAUCUGUGA